AUGUUGGGCCAACUCACCACCCUCGCUCUUGUGUCCACUGCUUUUGCCAUCCCCAAUACUCUUCCCGUAUCACGAUCUCGCUAUGACUACGUUAUCGUCGGCGGAGGAACCAGUGGCCUUGUCAUUGCCAACCGCUUAAGCGAGGACCCUACCAUUUCUGUCGCUGUCAUUGAGGCCGGCGAUCAGGUCUUCAACAACACGAAUGUCACCAGCGCUACAGGAUAUGGCAAGGCCUUUGGCACACAAAUCGACUGGGCAUAUGAAAGCGAAGCUCAAGUCUACGCCGGAAACAAGACUCAAAUCCUGAGGGCCGGCAAAGCUUUGGGAGGCACCAGUACGAUCAAUGGUAUGACUUACAUGCGCGCUGAGAGCAGUCAAAUCGACAGCUGGAAGAAGGUCGGCAACAAUGUCUCCUGGGACUCAUUGAUGCCAUACUACAAGAAGAGCGAAUACUUUGAGUACCCCACUGGAGCUCAGGUUUCCAUGGGUGCAUCCUACUCGCCUGAAUUCCACGGCACAGAAGGUCCACUCUCUGUCAGCUGGCCCACUGAAAUGGUCGGCAACAACUUCUCGUCCACGCUGAAUGCUACUUUCAAGGCCAUGGAUCUGCCAUGGAACGGAGAUGCCAAUAGUGGAUCCAUGCGCGGAUACAACGUUUUCCCCAAGACCUUCGAUCGCUCCUUGGAUGUGCGCGAGGAUGCUGCUCGUGCUUACUACUAUCCUUUCGCCACGAGACCUAACCUUGAUAUCUUCCUCAACUCGUUCGCUCAACGUCUGACGUGGUCUGACGACAACUCUUCUAUCCCCUUCGCAAAUGGUGUUGUCUUUACCGACAAGUCAGGUGCUGAGCAGACUCUCUUGGCCACCAGGGAAGUCGUCUUGUCUGCUGGAUCUCUGAGAUCGCCAUUGUUGCUCGAGCUGUCCGGUAUCGGCAAUCCCAGCGUGCUUGAGAACCUUGGUAUUGAGGUCAAAGUCAACUCUCCUUUUGUCGGCGAGAACCUCCAAGACCAAACCACUGUCGAUACGAACUACAAUGCCAAUACCAACUUCACUGGCGCUGGUGGUUUCAUCGGCUACUUCAACGCUACCGACGUUUGGGGAAACAACACUGCAGCAUUCAGCAAGACCAUCAAGGCAUCUCUCGAGCAGUAUGCGAACCGCACCGCUGACGCUUCUGGUGGUAUUACCGACCGCGAGACUCUUCUGAAGCUUUUCAAGAUCCAACACGAGCUCAUCUUCGAAGACGAGGUGGUUAUCUCCGAGAUUAUCGUCAACCCACCCUCUGCUAGCAGCGGUCUGAUCGAGUACUGGGGUCUUAUGCCCUUCUCUCGUGGCAACAUCCACAUCAAAUCUGCCAACUCAUCUGCCCCUGCUGCCAUCAACCCCAACUUCUUCAUGCUCGAUUAUGAUAUCAAGCAGCAGAUCGCCACUGCCAGAACCGCCAGGAAGAUUGCCAUGACCGCUCCAAUGAGUAACAUCCUCACAUCCGAGACCACUCCUAGCUUUGACGUGGUACCUCUCAACGCUACUGAUGAGGCCUGGGAUUCCUGGCUCAGGUCGGCCUAUAGAUCCAACUACCACUACAUCUCAACUGCUGCCAUGAUGUCCAAGGAGCUGGGUGGUGUAGUCGAUGACAACCAUCUCGUCUACGGAACUGCCAACGUUCGCGUGGUUGAUGCCUCUGUGAUCCCCUUCCAGGUUUCUGGUCAUUUGGCAUCUACGCUUUAUGCUCUUGCUGAGAGAGCCGCCGAUCUCAUCAAAGCUAGCCACUAG